AUGCCCGCCGCCCUCUCGCCGCUCCGCUACAUCCAGCUGGCUCGCUGCGUGAUCCAGUGGUGGGUCGACACCGCUCCCAUGCUUGCCGCACGCCGCAAGGCAGCACAGGAGCGCGCAGCGAGGCUCGUCUACGCCCCGCGCCUUCGUGCCCUCGCCGCUCCGAGCGUUGCGCAGAUGAUGCUCCCCGAGGAGCAGUACCAGAAGGUCGCAGCAGCGACGGCGGCUCAAGACAGGCCUGCGUCGGCCGCCGCCAUCACGUCCGCACUCGCCUCGCCAUACCUCUCCACCCCAGACAUUAGCCUGCCGCCAUCCAACCUCCCGCUGUCACUUCCCCCGCGCCCUCGUCCCGACGAGGGCCACGACGAGAUCUACCGUCUCAUGAACGACCCGCGCGCGUUCCUCCCCGGAGCCAUGCAGGCGCCCAAGGAGAUUGUCGUUCUCUGCCACGGUCUCUACGGCUUCUCCACCGCCACUCCGAUCCCGCUGUUCCCGUCGCUCAAGCUGCACUACUGGGCAUCCGUCCUCGAGGUGCUGCGCCGCAUGGGUGCAAAGGUCGUCGUCGUCGGCGUCAAAGGCACCGGCUCCAUCCAGGAGCGCGCCGACCAGAUGCACAAGUUCCUCAAAGACUACCUUCCCAAGGGAGUCGGCGUCAACUUUGUGGCACACAGCAUGGGUGGCCUCGACUGCCGUCACUUGAUCUCCAACAUUCGCCCGACAGAGUACACGCCGCUGUCGCUCACGACCAUUGCCACCCCGCACCGCGGGUCGCCAUUCAUGGACUGGUGUGCGGCCAACAUUGGCGUGGGAGCCACAUUGAAGUCUGAUGGCGCCGACCUGGCGAGCGUGUCGCCCGAACUUCCGUUCUCGCUCAAAUCACCCAUCCUCGCCCGUCUGGACCCCCGCACCGCCAACUCGCAAAAGGAGCAAGACGCCAUCUCUUCGUUCACAUCGGCCCUCACAAACUACCUCCUCAGCAUCUUUGACACGCCCGCAUACAACUGUCUCCGCACGUCGUAUCUCCGGGACGAGUUCAACCCGGCGACCCCAGACGACCCCAACGUGAAAUACAUGUCUGUCGCAGGACGUGUCUCGAAAAUGUCUGUCCUCCACCCCUUGUGGUUCCCCAAGCUGGUGCUCGACUCGGCCGCCGAGCGCGGAUACCCUGCACUGGAGACCCCGUCCGGAGACAUGUACCAGGGCAACGACGGCCUCGUGUCCGUCGCGUCGUCCAAGUGGGGCGAGUUUAUGGGUGUCGUCGACGGCUGCCACCACUGGGACCUGCGCGGCGAGGGCGGUCUGUGGCCGCAAGCCGCCGCGAUGCGCGCCGCGAGCACGGGCCGGCCAGACGCGGCCAUGCCCGGCGGGUGGAACUGGGAGUCCGAGGUCGGCCUCGAGACGGGCGGCGCGGGCGGCAUGUCGGACCCGCAGCUCCAGCAGGUCCAGCACGACAAAGACCUCGCCACGGCCCGCGCCAUGGCCCCCGUGCCCGGAACAGGCAAGCGCGAGUCGUCGUGGGACCUGGCCACUGUCGGCGCGCUUGUCGACUGGGUCGGCGACCUGUUCCCAGGAGACAAGAAGGAGCAAGAGCCCACACACCAGUACCGCGACGCCAAGCGCGAAAUGGCAGCGACGAGCACGGGGACGAGCACGAGCAAGAGCUCCUCCACCGACGCCGCCGCCCCGCGCCCCGCAGUCAAGAUUGUCCGCGAAAAGUUUGACCUGGCGAGGUUUUACGGCGGACUGAUGCUGCGGCUGCGUGAAGACGGCCUCUGA